AUGCCUGUCUUUUGCCCCAAAUCGGAGUUCUCCAAAGUUUUCCCCUCGCAGGCUGAGAUCUUGGAAUACUUCAACUGCGUUGCGGCAAAGUUCGAUGUGUCUCGACAUAUCGUUGUUAACACGGAGUGGGAGGGAGCUUGCUGGCAAGAGUUGACCAAUACCUGGCUUGUAAAGCUGAGGGAUAUAUCUACAGGUGAAACUUAUUACCAGGAAUGCAAAAUACUCAUCUCCGCUGUAGGAGGACUGGUAAAUCCCAAUUAUUUUGACGUUACUGGGAUCGAAGACUUCCAAGGUGACAUAUUUCACACCGCACGUUGGAGGCCGGAGAUAUCACUUCGCCAGAAGAAUGUCAUUGUCGUUGGAAAUGGAUGCUCGGCCAGCCAGCUCGUUCCGACAAUCGUUGAGGAUGCGAAAAACAUCUCCCAAUUCAUCCGGACACCACAAUAUUAUCUGCGAAACGAAAACAUGGAGAUAAAUGGCAAGUGGAGGUUUUUUUUCCGCUAUGUGCCUGGUGCUCUAUUUUUCUUUAGGAUACUUGUGUUCCUCUUCCUAGAGAGCACUGCUGUCCGGUUCAAUGUGACAGGGGAUGGCCUGAGGGCCAGGGACCAAUCGGCAGAGAGAAGCAGAGCCUACAUUCGUGAGACUGCUCCUGAGAAAUAUUGGUCUCUACUUAUGCCAAAGUAUGAAAUCGGAUGCAAAAUCCUUGCAACCGGUUUCUCUCUGACACAGUAUGAUGUAGAGUUGAUAGGUCGAAAUGGCCGUACCCGAUCCGAGCACUGGAAUGACUUUGGCUACAAGGAGGCCUACAAGUCUAUUGCCAUGUGUCAAUUUCCCAAUUUCUUUUACGUCCUAGGACCUAACUCCGGCAAAAGUCAUACUUCUACCAUCUACUCGAUUGAGAACUACGUCGAUCUUAUCAUACAGGUAAUUGCACCGGUAGUGCACGACCAGUCUUCUUUCGUAGAAGUCAAGACCAAAAGUGAGAAAAAUUACAAUGUGAUACUUCAUGACGCGAUCGGAAAGACCAUCUUCAACAAUUCCUGCUUCAGUUAUUUUAUCGACCAAACCACUCAGAAGAACUGGUUUGUUUACCCGUGGAGCUCCUUCGACAUGUGGUAUGACACACACUUUGGAUUUUCAAACGACUGGAUCUACGAGAGUGGUACCGUGGGAAACAUGGUGCUCGAAGGCAUGUUCGAUGGCACGUUGACGAAGAUCUUUUGA